AUGGUCAGAAUGAGAAACAUAGAUAGGAAGGAAUUUUUAUUUGAAAAUCCUGUUAAUGAUAUACCUAUGGACGUAAGACGAGUGAAACUGAUCAGCCAAUCAGAAUGGAAACGUUUAAAAAACAAACUGGAUAGUAAUUUGAAUGAAACUUCUAGAAUAGAAGAGAAGUUACAGAUUGAAAAAAUUAAAACACAGUCAAGAGAAAUGGUCAAAAAAUGGACAAAUACACUUUUGGGAUCAAGAGAAAAGAAGCUUGAAGAUCGUUCUAAUCGUUUGGCCGAUGAGGAAAAAGGUAGAAUGGCCAUCGAUCGUAAAGAGGAGAAAUUCCAAGUGGAACAAAGAAAGAAAGCUGUCGAUAAAGCGAAGCAGCAAUUAUAUUACGAAACGGAUCGUGUUCGAUCAUUACAUUCAGGCUUAAACCUAACAGAAACUUUGAAAGAACGUGAUAUGCAACUGAGAUUUAAACAUUUCAAAAAUAAAUCAGAAGUGAACAAAGGAAAAGUAUAUCUCGAAACGAUGCGGAAAAGUAUUGAAGGAGCUAUAAAGAAAGAACUAGAUGAAGCUGAAAGAAGACAUGAGAAAAAUUUAUUAAAUGCUCAAGAAUUAAUAGCACAAAUAAAAGAACAUGAUGAACAGAAAAAACGUCGUAAAGAACAAAUAUCAGCUGAAGGCGAAGCGUUGAGAAAGAAUGCAACAAUUGAUUUAUUAGAACGUGAGAAGCUCGAUCAAAUCUAUCGUGAUCAGAUGAGAAAACUAGCAAAAGAAUUUCAAGACCAAAUUAAUGGUCAUAUACAAAUGAAAGAGAUUGAAAAACUAUGUGAUGAAGAAAUUGAAGAACAAUGUCGAUUGUUUGCAGCAGCUAAGAUCAAAAUGACAAAAAUGCGUAUCAUGAAGGAACGUGAUAUGUUUCAACAAAAAGAAGCCGAACUACAAAAAAUACAAGAAUAUUUAUCAGAACAAUUGAAAAAUGCACAAACCAAUGAAGAAGCACGUUUAAACAGAGCAACAACAGAAAAGGAAGAAAAAUACCAACAAGAUACAAAAGAAAAAUAUGACAAACAACUGAAAAUUAUCCAAGAAAUCAAUGAAUAUAGAGUGGAUGAAAUAGAAAGACGUAGAAAACGAUUAGAAGACGAGAAACAAAUAGAAUUAUGUGAAAUACGUGGAAGGAUAGCAGCUGAAUUGGCAUUAACUGAAUAUGAAAAUGCAUGUAAGACAAAAAAACUGGAAGAACGAAAGCAAUUAUCACGACAGUUACUGCAGGAAUCAAUGGUAAAACGAGUACUAGCCAAGAAAGAACGCAAAGCAGAAAUUGAAGCGAUAACCAAUGAAAAUAAACUGAUUCAAAUGGAAGAAAAAUUUUUUCAAGAUUACGCAACUAGAGUAAUUAAUCAUUGUAAAGCGAACGGUCGAAAUGUUUAUCCAUUGGAAAAAGCAACCCAUACAGGAUCAAUGACUGGUCUAGGCACCGGUUUACCAAGUUUAGUGACCAUUAAUAUGAAUCAUCCAACUGAUGGUCAACACAACAGUGAUCAAUCUACGAGUACGAAUGAUCAACGUUACAAUAAAGAAGUGCGUAACAAUGCUAUGUUAAAUGGAAACUUGACAAAUAAAAAAAUUAAUACUAACAAGCGUUUAGGAUUUGUUUGGUGA